CCGUCCUCGCGCUGGAAUUUAAGACACUUUCCUAGCAUCUCUGCCGGGAUUUGAACUCACUUACUCGUUCGGUUUUGCAUCUUGCCGUGGCACUGAACGGCACAGUGGCACUGCGGACAUUUUGCCCCUUUUUGGUGCAAGUGAGAGAACUAUUAAACGCUGUUGCGUGGACUGGAGAAAAAUCAAUGCGCUUAUGUGUACGAACAGGCACGCGGAGAGGACAGUUUGUUUGCUGCUUAUAUCAGUGGCACAAGGAGCGAAGAAGUUCCAUCUUGCAGUUUGUAUUCCUUUUCGUGGGAAAUCAUAAGGAGCAGAGAGUCCGAAUCUGGGAAGGCUGGAUUUUAAAAGCCUAUUAACUGAUUUGACGCAAUGGAUUGAAUAUGUGGCUUUGCUGCAUUUAAUGAAAACACUCCCAUCGAUGACAAGUAAUGGCAAAGACGGAGUAGUCUCAGCAAGUAUUUUCUGGCAUGUUUAUUUCAAGCUUAACAUUGAAUGAAUUUGAAGGAACGGGACUUGAAGACGCAAUUUGAUUACGAGUUGCAUGUAUUUCUAAAGGACACAUUAAUGGAAAUAAAGGAAUAGUGCGAGCCUAGGAUAAGAGGAAAACAAUAUUUUAAAUAAUGCGCUAUUUUGCCUGAGUUUGGUCACCACAGAGAGGUGUCCCGGUGAAGAAACGAUUUAAUCAUUAGCAAAAAAAAAACAAAAACAAACAAACAAAAAAAAACGUUAAAAUAGAUUAACGUUCAUUUUUGCGUAAGGAACAAUGAGGACUACAUGCAUUGUGGACUGUUUAAGAUACUGCUUUCUUAUUCUACAGCUGCUGAGUCAGCCCGUAGCCAAGCAAGUGCUUCGAUACAGCCUGGCUGAGGAGGGUCCCGCCGAUGUCCGUGUCGGUAAUGUAGCCGCGGACCUCGGCAUCACGGCUGGCAUGGAUGUGACUUUUACCUUAGAAUCCGGCUCCGAGUACUUUAAAAUCGACAACAUGACCGGAGACCUGAGCACGAACGAACGGCGGAUAGACCGCGAAAAGCUGCCGCAGUGCCAAAUGAUUUUUGAUGAGAACGAAUGUUUUAUAGAUUUCGAAGUGUCAGUGAUAGGGCCAGCUCAGAGCUGGGUCGAUCUCUUCGAGGGCAAAGUGAUUAUUUUAGACAUAAACGACAACACGCCGUCUUUCCCCUCUCCCGUCCUUACUCUCUCAGUGGAGGAGAACAGACCAAUUGGUACACUUUAUCUCCUGCCCACGGCCACCGACAGAGAUUUCGGUAGAAACGGAAUUGAGAGAUACGAGUUAAUUCAGGACAACGGCGAUAGCUCCAUCAGACGAACUGGCACUUCAGGCUCCAGCAGUGUUGACACUCACACUGGCAAGCGGAGAUUUGACGAGGGGGCGAGUCGUAGCAGUGUCUUUGAACUUCAAGUUGCUGACACCACAGACGGCGAGAAGCAGCCGCAGCUAAUUAUCAAAGGGGCUCUGGACAGAGAGCAGCGUGACUCCUAUGAGCUGACUCUGCGUGUUAGAGAUGGGGGCGACCCCCCACGCUCCUCCCAAGCCAUUCUUAGGGUAAUGAUCACAGAUGUGAAUGAUAACACCCCACGCUUCGAGAAAAGUGUGUAUGAGGCAGACCUGCCAGAAAACAGCUCCCCUGGUGCCCCCAUUCUCCAGCUAAAAGCAGGUGAUACUGAUGUUGGUGUGAAUGGACAAAUCGAGUAUGUUUUCGGAGCAGCCACCGAAUCAGUCCGGCGACUGUUGCGGCUUGACGAAAGCACUGGCUGGCUCAGUGUUUUGCAUCGAAUUGACCGCGAAGAUGUCAGCCAGCUUCGCUUUACAGUCAUGGCACGUGACCGUGGCCAGCCUCCUAAGACCGAUAAGGCCACGGUGGUCAUCAACAUCAAAGACGAAAAUGACAACGUUCCGAAUAUUGACAUUCGAAAAAUCGGACGCAUUUUUCUCAAAGAUGGCGUGGCUAAUGUGGCGGAGGAUGUGAUUGUUGAUACGCCUGUUGCUCUGGUCCAAGUCUCAGACCGUGAUAAGGGACCUAAUGGUAUUGUGACAUGCACAGUAGUGGGCGAUGUUCCAUUUCAGCUCAAACCAGCAAGUGAGGUCGAGGGUGAAAUGAAUAAAAAGAAGUACUUUCUCCAUACUUCAGCACCACUUGAUUAUGAAGCAGUGCAGGAGUAUAAUGUGGUCAUUGUGGCUGUUGACUCUGGAAGCCCUAGUCUCUCGAGCAACAAUUCGUUAUUAGUUAAAGUUGGGGACGUGAAUGAUAAUCCACCCAUUUUUAGCAAAAGCACAUUGGAAGUUUCAUUUCCUGAGAACAAUGCUCCUGGUGAGCGUGUUGUCACAGUAGUGGCCUUAGAUGCAGACAGUGGCAAAAAUGCAGAAAUCGCUUACUCCCUGGACUCCUCUGUGAACGGAUUGUUUUCCGUUGAUGCAGACACCGGUGACAUCCGUGUCAACACCAUACUUGACAGGGAGCAGACAGAACGCUACGAGUUCAAAAUUAUUGCCAAAGACAAAGGCAUGCCUGUUAUGCAGGGCUCAGCCACUGUGGUAGUCCAGGUGGCGGAUAAAAAUGACAACGAGCCAAAGUUCAUGCAGGAUGUAUUCACUUUCUAUGUAAAGGAAAACCUGCAACCCAACAGCCCUGUUGGCAUGGUCACAGUAAUGGAUGCCGAUAAAGGACAAAAUGCAGACAUGAGUCUAUACAUUGAGAAGGAAGAGGACAUUUUCUCAAUUGACAACAACACAGGGACCAUCUUCUCAACCAUGGCUUUUGACCGCGAGCAAAAAACCACAUAUUCAUUCCGUGUCAAAGCUGUUGAUGGAGGCGAGCCACCCCGGUCUGCAACGGCCACAGUGUCUCUCAUCGUAGUGGAUGAAAACGAUAAUCCUCCCACUGUUACGUUUCCAAUGAACAGCUCAUACACACUUCUCCCCCCCUCUAGCAAUGUAAGAACAGUGGUCAGGACUGUCACAGCUACAGAUACUGAUACAGGUGUCAAUGCUAAUCUUAGCUAUAGUAUAGUUGGCGGCAAUCCAUUUAAGUUGUUCGAAAUUGAUGCAGGAACAGGUGUCAUCUUGUUAGUAAGCAAACUAGAACAAAAACACUUUGGCCUGCAUCGCCUGGUUGUGCAAGUGAAUGACAGUGGGGUUCCAUCGCAAAGCACCACAACACUGGUGCACAUCUAUGUAAAUGAAACACUCUCCAACUUCACUAUUGUUGAAGCGCAAAUUGCAAGAAGCCUUGGCACGCCAAUUAAUGCUGACAUUGCUGGUGACCCCAACUAUGAUUUGGGAAAGCAACGAUUGAGCAUCGCCAUAGGUGUUGUGUCAGGUAUCAUGACAGUCAUUCUUAUUAUUCUUGUGGUGGUCAUGGCACGCUACUGCCGCCCCAAGAACAAGAACGGUUAUGAGGCUGGAAAGAAAGACCACGAAGACUUCUUCACACCACAGCAACAUGACAAAAGCAAGAAACCCAAGAAGGACAAGAAUAAGAAAAAGUCUAAACAACCUCUGUAUAGCAGCAUUGUCACGGUUGAGGCAUCCAAGCCAAACGGGCAGCGCUAUGAUGGCGUAAACGAGAAACUGUCAGACAGUCCAGGAAUGGGCCGCUAUCGCUCUGUCAAUGGUGGCCCAGGUAGCCCAGAUCUUGCUCGCCAUUACAAAUCCAGCUCACCCUUGCCCACUGUUCAGCUGCACCCACAGUCACCCACGGCAGGAAAAAAGCACCAAGCAGUUCAGGACCUGCCACCAGCCAACACGUUUGUCGGCACUGGAGAUAACAUAUCCAUUGGAUCAGACCACUGUUCUGAGUACAGUAGCCAAACCAUGAACAAGUACAACAAACAGCCGUUCCGCCGAGUGACCUUCUCGGUGGUGAGCCAGCCCCAGGACCCGCACCAGGGCUCGCUGCAGAGCUGCUACGACAGUGGCCUGGAGGAGUCGGAGACGCCCAGCAGCAAGAGUUCGUCCGGCCCCAGACUGGGUGCCCUCCCUCUACCCGAAGACGCCUAUGAGAGGACUACGCCCGAUGGCAGUGUCGGUGAGGCAGAGCAUAUGGAAAAUGAUUCUCGGCCCCUGCCUGACGUAGCUAUGACGGGUAAAUGCACGCGGGAGUGUGACGAAUACGGCCACUCGGAUGCCUGCUGGAUGCCUGUGCGCAACUCGCCUGAACGCAGACCCAAGGCCACCCCUCCCAAACUCUCCACCUUCAUGACCUCCCCUGGGGGCAGCGUCACCGAACAGCCAGGUAGCCAGGAGACGCUCGCCGUUGCCAAUUGCGACCCCUCGCACCUGCUGGGCGACCGUAACCGUAAUCUCCUUAACAAGAAGAUUGCCUCCUCCUCCUCAUCCUAUGACACGUUUAGUUCAGCUGGAUUUUCCGCCAGUGAGGAAAUGUCUCGCCCCACCGAGGAGAUCCCGCUCGCACCCACGGGCGAAUAUAAGCCGACACAAUGUGGAACUCUCACCAGGCGAGAGGUUUACCUGUAAACAACACACAGCGAAUAACAAGGGACAACAACAGUGACUCAGCAUGGUCAGAGAUGCUGUUAGCAAAUCAAACCCUUAUACAAAAGCAACAUGGAUUUUCCUCUUAAGUGCUCGCACUAAAAAAUUUGUGCAGCGCUACCUUAAAAGUUAAAUAGCUCUUUAAGUAAAUUCGGUGGAAUUACAUGUUGUAAAUGUGUUUGAAAAGGAUGAGAUGGAGGAGGGGGACGUGGCGGAGGAGGAGAGAGGGGAAUGCUGGUGGAUCAGUGAUCCUUUGCUGCUAGCAUAUCACACCCUGUAGACUUCCCAAAAGUGUUGCCUGGUUUCCGUAGACCUCUUUAUAAACAUGCAUGCAUCAUCUAGCCCCUUAAGAGUGUGUGCUUCAUAAGAGAGUGUGCCCCUUGUAAUGGACCUGGACUAUAUGUUUUUAUAACUAUUACAUUGAGACUGAACCCGACAAGACUCUGUCUUUUAAUCAAUUUUUAAAUUUUUUGGUGGGAGUGUUUUUAUGUGGAUCUAUUAUGUCCAUAUGCAAUCAGUCUGAAGGACUGAACUAUCCACUCUGGACAACCAAUCACAUUAACCAAGAAGAAGAAAAAAAAUACAGGCCAAUGAUGGAUGAAAUCAUCUUAUGAUGAUCAGUGAUGGCAUAAAUAGAUGAUGUUGGAGAGUUUGUGGUCAGGCAUCGGGCCGUUGCAUCAUACAAGGACACAGUCAUUGACUUCAGCCUUUUUACAAGGGUUUGUAGAUAUUUAAAGUCCAAAUGGCGCAAGUGAACAGCAUAAGUGCUGUAAACUACAAACUUACAGCGCAAGAAGCAAGUUCACCUGUGUGCCUAGUAACUUCACGUACAAACAAAGUAACACAAGCAUACACAUAUUCAAAAAUGCAUGCUUUUUUCAUGUGGGUGAAGUAUUGUACAUAUAUACACUGUACUUUGGACACAUGCAUAGACAUCAUAAGCGAUCAGUUUCCAUCAUGCUCUCAUUCGUCCUCUCGCACUAUACCUCUGGAGACAGAGAGGGGUCCUUUACAUCCCCGAGAUCCGAUAUUUGCCUGAAUGCUAUGGAUAUGUGUAAUUGUGGUUGUUCCGUUCACCUCUGAAAAAGACAUCCCUCUAUAGAUGUGUGAAACUACUCUGAUAUUGUAUUUGGCUGUCUCAGAGAACCCUGGUACACAUUUGCAAACACACACAUACACUCACAAUAGAUCCACACAUUGUAUAUACACAUUAUAAUUAUCCCAUAAAGCCACAGGAACACAAUUUGGAUUUGCUGCUGGGGUAAAUUAGUCUAAUAAUAUUGCCCUGCUGCUGAAGUGCUUGGGCUGGCCCUGUGUAACAUUCUCGGAGUAUGAAUGUUAAAUAGAGCAAUAAACUCAUUCAACAUAAUCUCAUACACUUCAAAUGAGUAAUCAAGGAUGAUAACUCGUGUCCCUUGUGUCAACUGUAGCAGUCAGAGUGAACCAAGAACUUGUACAAUCACAAAAAAGUUCAGUGACUACAGGCAUGACAGGAGCGAUUACAAUGCAAUGCAUGUUGCCACUGUAUAACCAAAGUAUUGGGAACAACUUGACGUGAUGUCUCAAAUAACAGAAAAAGGAAUAUACUAAGCUCCUUUUUAGGUUACACCGAUCAGCCACAACACUUAAACCACCUAAACCACACUUAAAAUGUGUAGGUCCCCCUCGUGCUGCCAAAACAGGGCCAACUCACAUCUCAGAAUAGCAUUAUGAGAUUAUAUUCUUACAGGGCAGUUAUCUAAAUUACCGUAGACUUUGUCAGUUUGAACCAGUCUGGCCAUUCUCUGUUGACCUCUCUCAUCAACAAAGCAUUUCUGUCCACAUAACUGCCACUUACUGGAUGUUAUUUUUGUUACUGGAUGUUUUUUUUUUUUUUUUUUGUUACUGGAUGUUUUUUUUGGCACCAUUCUGUGUAAAUUCUAGAGACUGUUGUGUGUGAAAAUCCCAGGGGAUCAGCAGUUACAGAAAUACUCAAACCAGCUUGUCUGGCACCAACAAUCAUGCCAUGCUCUAUAUCAUUGAGAUUCCCCAUGUGAACUGUAGCUCCUGACCCAUAUCUGCAUUAUUUUAUGCACUGCUGCCACAUUAUUGCCUGAUUAGAUAAUAGCAUGGAUGAUUGAAAAAACAAAAACAUCCAGUGAGCGGCAGUUCUGUGGAUGGAAAUGCCUUGUUGAUGAGAGCGGUCAAACGAAAAGAAUGGCCAGACUGGUUCGUGCUGAAAAAGUCUCCUGUAACUCUGUACAAUUGUGUUGAGAAGAAUAUAAUCUCAGAAUGCUAUACUGAGAUGUGGGUGUGCACUGUUUUGAUAGCACAAGGGGGACCAACACAAUAUUAGGCAGGUGGUUUUAAUGUUGUGAAUGAUCAGUGUAUAUGUUGUUUUAAUUAACUUCAGAUAUGUUUCUGUGCAAUGUGGGGGAUUGGGUUAUGAGAUGUUUGUGUGUUUCUUUGUUUGUGUGUGUGUGUGUGUGUGUGUGUGUGUGUGUGUUUUCUUAAUAAACCACA